AUGGCUGAAGUUAGACUCGAUCCUGGAGCUCUCGACGAGUUGAACUCCGUCGAAACUCGUGCCUUAUUCGAUAUUACGGACAAGCUUUCCUCUCUCGGCGUUGGCAGGAUUGUCAACCUCCCUCAGAUUAUCGUCGUUGGAGAUCAGUCAUCCGGAAAGUCAUCUGUCCUCGAAGCCAUAUCUCAUGUCAAGUUCCCCGUCAGCUCGGGCUUGUGCACACGUUUUGCCACGGAGCUGGUUCUCCGAAAUGGCAGCCAACGACGCGUGAAGGCCACAAUUCAGUUCCACAACGAUGUUAAGCCUGUACUGGAGACGCGGGUCGACUAUUAUGGGAGAGAGGAUAUUGGCAGAAUUGUCGCCACCGCCAAAGAGAACAUGGGCCUCACCGACUCCACCAGAGGAUUUUCCAAGGACGUUCUUCGUCUGGAGGUCGAAGGCCCGAACCUGUAUCCUCUCACCCUAGUUGAUCUGCCUGGAAUCUUCCACACCGCAACAGCGAAGCAAUCAGCCGAGGGCAGAACAACCGUCAUGGAGCUGGUGGAGAGCUAUAUGAAAAAAGAAAACAGCAUCAUACUCGCCGUCAUAUCAGCGGGUAAUCAGCUCGCCAACCAGAGAGUCCUGGAGGAGGCCGCGAAACACGACCCCGCUAGAGAGCGAACACUUGGAGUCAUUACUAAGCCAGAUCUUCUCCAUCCAGGAUCUCCCGACGAACUCGAGUAUCUUCAGGUAGUCAGAGGGCGCGAGGCGGUGCACAACCUGCAACUAGGAUGGCAUGUGUUGCGCAACCUUCCAGACUACGACGAAUCUGAGGCAGACCCUGACUAUCGGGACGCAGUUGAAAGAAAGUUCUUCGAAUCCGGGUCUUGGGCGUCCAUAACGGUAAUCCAUCGGGGCAUAUCUGCUCUACGAAAGCGUCUAAGCCAUAUUCUUCACGAUCAUAUCAAGAAAAGUCUCCCGGGUGUUCUUGAAGAGAUUCGGGGAAAGAUCGCUGAACAUGAGGCCGAGCUCGCACGCUUAGGGCAGGUCAGAUCCAGUUCGGUCGACAUGAGGGCAUAUCUCGUGGACAUCGCGGGAAGGUUCGAGAGACUUGUCCGCGACAGCAUUCAGGGUCACUACACUGAUCCGUUUUUCGGCGGCCUUGAUGGUAGUGAUCGGAAGUUGCGGUCUCACCUGCGGAGUUUCAAUCGAGCCAUUUGUCACAUCCUCCUGGUGCAGGGGUCAUCACAGAAGAUAUCUCCUGACCCUCCUGGCUCUACGAGACAAAGCGUUAUUCCUCUGCAUCUUCAAGAGUUCCUCGACAAGCAUCCGUACGAUCUUCCAAUGCCAGAGCCAAUCACUUGGUCAGAGAUCGCCACUCAACUGGAGCGGCAAGCGGCCGCAAACCAGGGCACCGAGUUUCCCGGAUACGCCAGUACGAAUUUGAUACUGCAGCUUUUUCAAAGACAGUCGAAGCCCUGGGAGGCCGUCGCCAGGGUACAUUUGGAGAAGGUCACUGCUGUUGUGAAGACGUUCGUGGACGAGGCAUUUGAGCACGUUGCUGGGCCCUUGGACACCUGCAAUACCACUUCCACGAUUCUGUCGACCUGCGUCGAUCCUUUCUUCGAUGCAAAAGAGAAGAUUCUCGAGAAAAAGUUGCGGGAGCUCCUCCGACCUAUUCAGGAGGGGUAUGCGCUACCUCUCGACGUUGACUUCCAGGAAGCUAUGAACCCCAGAACUUAUGAUCGUAGCUUAGAAAGUGCCCCAGACGACGAAGACGACGACGACCCAGACGGCUCACGACACUCGAGAGCAGACCUCCCAUACCGGCGCAAUGAGUUUGGUACUGGGCGGGCCAUCGAAACAAUGCAGAUAUUCUACGACAUGGCGUUGCGCACAUUCACUAAUAAUCUGAUCAACCUGGCGACAGAAAGCUGUCUCAUUCAAGAACUCCCAGGAAUUUUGACACCAAAGGCCGUGAACGAAAUGAAUGACACGAGGUUGGCGGAGCUUGCGGCCGAGUCAGAGGAAAUACGGGAGCGCCGCACACAGUUGCAGAUCGAUAUCAAGCUGCUCAAGUAG